CCAGAGCCGGUUGGUGCAGCUAGUGGGCGUCAAUGCGUUGAGCGCUCAUGGCUUCAAAGACAUUUCAUUUCACAAAUGGUGAGGAGCACAAGGCGCUGAAAGUCUGCCAUGGUACUCCGUUGGAGGAUAUUUUGUAUGCAGUCCGAACGGAAUUCCGCCUACAAGCAGCAGCAUCCUUGCGCUUCAAGGAUAGAGCUGGCGCCUGCAUGGUCUUAUCCAGUAUUUGGCCAGAUGGUGCCGAGUUCCUAAUUUGUAGUGGCACAUUGGUGAGAAAUGAAGUGAUGCCAUCGACUGCAAGGCCUGCAAAAGAUGGGGAGGUUCUGCCCAACAGGGGCGUCCCACAUACAGAUGACAAGUUGCGUCGCGAACAGGCAUCCAAACGCCCAACAGAAGGCUUGCGCAGAACAUGCCCAAAGAAACACCAGUUGCAAGAACGGGCCUUACACUCUCGGGGUGGAUUAUGCGACGGAUGCUUUCACAGCAUCAGGGUCGGCUAUGGUUGUGCUAUUUGCAACUUUGAUCUUUGUCACGGCUGCCUACAUGCGGGACUUGAUCUUGAUGCACAUUUGCUUUUUCUAUUCAGCUUGAAAACAUGCCGCAGAGUCGUGGGCGCGGUGGAGGAUCCCAAGUCAGUGCACAGAUUGCUGCACGAAAUAAUCGAAGGAAGAGAAGGCAAAAUGAAAGAUAUAUUGGGUGAACGUUUGCAAGCUGCCCUUGUGCGCUUUGCUGUUGAGCCAGACACAAGAGCUACAGUUCUGCGUGCUGGUCUGAGCGGCAAACAUGCCCUGGUCAUUGAGAGGCUGAUGAAUUUGCGAGCCCACCGCAAGGAGGCUCGCAGCAACCAUGGGAAAGCAGAGAGUGGGCCCUUCAAGGAGAUUUUGGAGUUUUUGGCAGCUCUGGGAGCUGGCAGCGCUUUUCAAUUAGAGGAAGAGGAGGACAAAGAUGCGAUGAAGGUAUUGCAAGAACUACAGAUAGAUGCGAGCCAGGUUUUCUUGGACUAUUCCAAGAAACUAGGGGAAGGCAACUGGACGAAGGUGUAUGCUGGACAGUACAAGGGGAAGAUGGUGGCCCUCAAGAUAGCUUCCAAGGAUGAGAAAGAAAUCAAGAGAGAAUUGAGCAUCCUCUCCCGCCUUAGCCACGACAACAUUGUCAAGCUGCAUGGUGCAUGUCGCAAAGAUGGCAAACUGCUCGGAGUGCUCGAGAUAUGUGCCAAAGGAUGCUUGGAGAACAUCAUUCAAGGUGAGCAGGCAAUGUUGACAGUGUCAAGAAGACACAGCAUGGCCAUGGACAUUGCACUGGGACUCUCUUUUCUGCAUGAAUCUCGAGUAUUUCACAGUGAUUUGAAGGUUGCCAACAUUCUUGUCACAGAAGACUACAAGUGCAAAAUAGCAGAUUUCAACUUGUCCAAGCGCAUCCCUGAAGGCAAAGAUACAUUCUAUGCGAGAGGAGGCACAACCCUCUAUUCCUCCCCAGAGGUAAUGCAGGGGAAGUCCGCCAGUUUUGCUUCGGACAUCUACUCUUUAGGCCUAUGCCUGUUUGAAUUGCUGACGUUGCAGCGCUAUUCCGACUUGGUCGAGCAGAUGGGCGGGCGUGAGCUCCUGAGGCUGUUGAGGAAAGGAACCAUGCAAGUAGAGCUCACUGGUUGGCCAGAGGAUUUCAAGAUGCUGCAGCAAACAGUCACCGACUGCUGUGCGACUUCUUCUACCUGCAGACCUUCUGCAGCAGAAGUGCUGGUUUGCUUGCAGUCAAUAGUCGACAACCGAGAAUAUGCCCCUGCUGCUCCACCAUUGGCACAGUGCAGGACGGAGAGCCCUGCCCCAGAACAGCGCUUGGAAGACGACCAGCAGUCUGCGUCAGCCACUCUCCAGCCGGCCCACUCCGCAGCACAGAGACCUACCAGAGCUCAGUUGCAACUUGGGGGCUUCGCAGUCAUCACUGAGUGCCGUCAUCCUGGACAUGGUUGCCUCGUAUCCUUGCAGCAGCACCACCCUGGGUCAGGCAGGUGGCUAGUGCGGUGCGGCCAUCGAAUUGUAUGGGUGGCCGAAAAUAGCUUGCAAGCUGUGAAGAUUCACCCUGCUUUUCGACCUUGUUCUCAUGCCCCGCGACCCCAGGCCUUCCUUUUUCCCCGGCAUUUUCCAGGAAGAAGGACCAUCCCUGCUUCUCUAGUCCCAGCAGCUCCGCGGGUUGAAGAAGUCCGGGAAAGCGAGACAUUUGAAGAUGAGAUGCCUACAAUAGUGGAGGAACAGAGUGAUGAAGAGCAGGAGGGGUCGCAUCACAGCGACUCCGCAUCCGAGCUUAGCCAGGAGUUUCCUCGGUACCCUUUGAACAAUGCAACAGAGGGACCAGAUGAUUGGUCGUCGGAUGAUGAGCGGCAUGAUCAGAACGAUCGAGGAGACACAUUGGCUCCAGAUACUGAAGAAACAGCUUGGGCAACAUGUCAAGAGCAGGGUGAGACGAAGUGCAAGAGCUUCGCCUACUGCUUUGACUUCCCCUACUACCAUGGGAUCAAACGGAGUGAAGUUGCUUUGUUUGAUAUUCGAGAUGCUGCCCUCGAACAGCAUGUGAGGUUCCACCAUGGAGACCGCUUAAAGCGCCAUGAUGGCCGCUUUUUCACAGUCAUUGGUGUGAAGUUGAAUGAGGAGGGCAAACCAAAAGUCUACACCCAAGCUGAUGACGAUGCAGGAGCUGGAUUCCAUGAUGGUGAUUUUUCCAUAUUUGAAACAGUUGGCAGCCUCACUGUCACCCGCGCUGAGCCAAAGUCAUCUGCGUCACCUCAGUUUGACUCCUCAGACAAGACCCUCCUGAGAUUGCUGAGGGAUGUGAAGGCUGGGGGAUUAAGACACAAGCAUAGAAAGCGACUACAUGAGCUUGUGAAGGGCUUGGCACCAAGAGACGAUUUCAGCACCAAAGUCCCACAACUACAACAAUUUGACUUGAAGCCAGAAUUCUCGGUGAAGCUUCGAACGAGCCGUCGAGUGGUUGUGUGCGACAUCAGGCCGCAAGUGUGCGGUCAAUUUGGAUACUUCCAUGGCGAUAGGGUCUUGUAUGAUCACGGCAAUGACGCCAUGUGGCUCACUGUUGUUGGAGUGUGGGCCAAUGAUGGGGAACCCGCCCUCCUACUGUGGCGGGAGGGGGAUGCCGGUGCUGGCAUUUUAGACCCGUUGCCUGGUGACAUGAGAGUGCUCGAGAAACUACAUCCAAAUGAAGUUCGUUCACGCUUGGGGGCAGAUCCGCCCAAUGUUUCCAAUUUCACCUUCCCCUUCAUGGCUGGUUGCAAACAUCCAGUCGUUCGCUUGUUUGAUAAUUCCAUCACUGCCUGCCAAGCCUUCGGGUUUGGCUUUGGUGAUGUAGUGCAAGACAAGGAAGGGGCGGAGUACACGGUUAUUGGUGUGGGCCCGCCCAGGCCCCACAAGCGGUCCAAAGCAAACCGCUGCUUGUGGGCCUUGCGUGAGGGCCGGGAUGGAGCAGAGAGGCUCCAGGUCAAUGGCCAUCUUACCUUGGUGUCGAGCAACUCGCAGCAGCCCAAAGAGUAUGGUCCUCUGGGAGCUUUGCAUUGCAAUUUUGUGUACAGUAUCCAUUGCGCUCUCGCACCAAAAAGCUUGCAGCUGAAUUUGACGUGCGAAGUGACAUUUGUUGCCGGCUCGCUGGCAUGUCACGGUGUGCAGGGCUUCAGCAUGGAACACAAGUUGAAGACCCUCUUGGAAGACGCUUCACUCUCAUCGGCGCAAGGUACCAUCACGGGUGUCCGCGACUUUGGUUUGAAAGAGAAGGGAAGGAAGGUGCUACGCUCUUCGCAAAGUAUGGAGAGUCCCAUGUGA